AUUUAAUUUAGCUGUGCUCAAGAUGUUCAGUAGAGAUGCGAUCUUCGCACUGUAAAGUGCGACAGCGUUGAACGGAAGGAUGGAGAAUUUCGGCUACAAGGAAGGGUCGGCCAAACCCAAACGCAGGGUUGGAACCCGAUCGACAAAGAUCAAAACCCAACAAGUUCCGAUAGCCAUGAAACCAAGGUUUUCACUAACUCCGGAUGUUACUGUUCAUUGGCGAAACGAUCCAGAAACUGUACUCGCGGAAGAUUUUGAAUACAUGAAGAUCGGCCCAUCCCCACCAGCGGAAAAUGCACCGAAUAUGUUUGAUAAUUAUGAAGAAACUAAUGCUGAAUUUGGCUUUGAAGUGUCAAGUGAAACUAUUCGAACCUCGUUGAUGGAGCAAAUGCGACUAUCAUCAGGAAGACUGAAACUAUUGGAUAACAUAGAUCAGGGCAACAUUAUCGCUGCGAAUACGAAAGAAAUGUUUGAAGGCGCUACUAAGGCUGAGAGAAACAUUAGUUUUCUGUUUGCGGCAUUUCUUAAACGAUGGGAUUUGUUAGAGAGCCUACUGGAAUGUGGUGCAGAGUUGAUAUUCUCCGAUAGCAAUGGAUUUAGCGCGUUGCAUUUGAGCUCAUUUAGUGGAUGUCUGAAUUGCACAAGUUUUCUAGUGUCGAAAGGAAUUGAGAUCAACAUGCAGCCAAAGGCCUUUACGCCUUUGCAUUGUGCAGCUUUUGGUAAUUCGGUAGAAGUGGCGCGAUAUCUAAUAACGAAAGGUGGAAAACUGAAUAUCAAUACGAAGAAACAAAAUUGCGAAGAAUCCUUAUUGCACUGUGCGGUACGGUCAAAUGCCAUAGAUUGUGUGAAGUUAUUCAUUUCGGAAGGGAUGGAUGUUAACUCGCUGAAACCAAGUGGAAUGAAUGCUAUCCACCUCGCUGCAGAUUUAGGCUAUGUUGAUUGCUUGAAAGCUCUACUAGACUUUCCGACGGCUGAUCCGAAUAUACGGAUUGGCAUACGUGAAAAGGAAUCUACAGCGCUACAUUUGGCCGCCGACGAAGGGAACGUCGAGUGUGUGAAUUUAUUACUGGCCAAAGGGGCUGACGCAAAAUUGAAAAAUCACCGUGGAUUCACACCUUUGCAUCUUGCUGCUAGAACAUCCAGUCUGGAGUGCGUUGAAUUGCUGCUAAGAAUUGGAAGCGCAGACCCGAAUGCAGAGGACUUUGAUCAACGUACACCACUCCACGCCGCAAUCGGGAAGUCGGAUAUGGCGUUUGAUAUUAUCGAGACUUUGAUUUGCUGGGGUGCUGAUGUGAAUAGCAAAGACGUGUUUGGAUUCACUCCUUUGCACUUGGCAGCACUGGAUGGACUUGCUCAUUGCGUAGAAAUUUUAAUCUAUCAUGAUGCGGACGUUACAACCAAGUCAAAGAAGGGAACGACUGCAUUGAAUGUUAUCACGAGAAAAACACCUGCGUCGUUAGCUAUGAUAAGUAGGAAAUUCGACGAUGCAAUGACGUUGAUUCAUUCUCAGGAUCCAUCAGAUAAUGAAGUAGUCCUGGAGUUAGACUUUAGAAGCAUUCUGCAGCACUGCUAUCCACGAGAAAUCAGCUACUUAAACACAUUAGUAGAUGAGGGACAGAAGGAAAUUCUUCAACAUCCUCUAUGUUCAGCUUUUCUAUACAUUAAAUGGGGAAAAAUUCGGAAAUAUUACAUAGCCAGAUUGCUGUUCUGCUUCAUAUUCAUACUGUUCCUUACCCUGUAUGUAUUGACAGCCUUGGCUCAUAACUGUUACAAUGGUAGCAAAGAUAUGGAAGAAACUAUUCAAGAGCAGGAACUUUGUCAGAAGCAGUCUAUUUUAGGGAAUAUGUUACGCAACAAUCCAUUUGUAAUGGAAAUGCAAUGGAUGGUGCUAGUAGCUAUUACAUUCGUGGAAAUUUGUCGAAAACUCUAUGGAAUGACCGGAUAUUCAUCUAUUCGACGCUACGUCACACAAGUGGAGAAUGUCACAGAAUGGUUCAUCAUAGUUAGUGUUUUUGUUAUCUCCUAUAUCUACACGAAGCGGACGUAUACCUGGCAAAACCAUAUUGGAGCCUUUGCGGUAUUGCUGGGAUGGACCCACUUGAUGGUUAUGAUUGGUCAAUUACCUGUAUUCGGUGCAUACGUAGCGAUGUACACAAAAGUUCAGGUUGAAUUUGCUAAACUAUUCAUUGCCUAUUCAUGCAUGCUAGUGGGAUUCACAAUAAGCUUCUGUGUGAUAUUUCCAUCAUCAUCGUCCUUUGAAAACCCAUUCAUGGGCUUUAUUACAGUACUAGUCAUGAUGAUUGGUGAAGUUGACCUAGAACUACUAAUCAACGACCCAGAUGGAAAAGACCCUCCGUUCAUGUUGGAGUUAAGUGCCCAAAUCACAUUUGUUCUAUUUCUUUUAUUCGUCACGGUGAUUCUAAUGAAUCUUUUGGUUGGCAUAGCUGUUGACGACAUUCAAGCUCUGAAGAAAACCGCCACUCUCUCCAAGCUGGUCGGUCAAACAAAGCUUAUCUCCUACAUUGAGUCAGCACUGUUUAACGGAUGGCUUCCAAAUUGGCUUCGUAGUCUGCUGCACUAUACUGCCCUUGUUUCGCCUCAAGCGUACCGUGUGAUUUUGAGUGUGAAACCACUGAACCCAGAAGAAAAGCGCCUCCCAAGAACGAUCAUGAUGGCUGCGUAUGAAGUGGCAAAGUCAAAGAAACAGUCAGGCGCCACGACUAUUAGCAAUCCGGCUGCUUACAAAUAUCGCUUCCAGAACGGUAACGUUGUAUCCAGUCAGCAGGCCAACUGUAACCAACCACUGGAACGCAUCAUAGAGUCAGACUAUGGUUUCGAAACCGCUAGUUUAUGCACGCUGACCACGAAGAUAGAUGAAAGUUCGGAAAAAUUGGACGAACUUUCCAAAGAGCUAUUGGAAUUGAAGACGGUAUUGAAACACAAUCAAUGUUUGGUUGACAAAAUUUCCAAAAUUCUUCUGAGAUAAAUUGAUAGAUAAUAAAACGAUAGGGAUAAUACAAAUAAAUCUCAUAUAUGUAUCUAAAUCUACCAAAAAUAUGAAAACUAAUAAAAGCAUAAUGCAAAAUAAAGUAUAGCGCAAAUUA